AUGGCCAGUCCCACUGUUCUCACCUUUGACGCCGAGGGCCGCCCGAUUAAGUUCGAUGUCUGGCUUGAUGACCUUCACCUGUACCUCCAGAUCACUGCCAAGGACGAUGUUUCCCUCUAUGACCACACGUCCGGCGCUGCUCCCACACCUGCUGCUACUGCUGACAGUACUACUCGCUCACAGUGGCAGACUUGUGACGCCCAUGCUCGCCUAGCCGUUCGCAGCCACCUGCCGUUAGAUGAGCGCGAGCACUUCGGCGAGCAUAAGACCGCUAAGGAGCUGUAUGACGCUGUAGUUGCCCGCUACUCCUCCCCUGCCACUGCUGCGAUAGGCCGUCUCUCACUGCCCUACCUCUUCCCCGAUCUGUCUGCCUUUGCCACUGUAGCUGACCUCAUCACUCACCUUCGUACUAGUGAUCUCUGCUACCGUGCCGCACCCCCCCCCGAUUUCCUCGCCAAUAACCCCCCCCCGAUGUACCUCACACUGUACCACCUUGUCACCCGCCUCCCUGACUCCCUUCGCACUGUCAGGGACCAGUUUCUCGCCCUCUCCCCCACUGACCUCACUGUCGACCUCCUCGAGAAGGAACUCCUAGCAGCUGAGAAGAGCAUUGUAGCUGUAGGUGCCUCUCGUGGUGACCCCCGCACCCCCUUCUUUGAGGGGUGCUCCCCCUCCCCCCUCCUCCCCUCCAUUGCAUCUGCUGCUGCUGUCGACUACCUCGGAGCUGAGGGGGUCGGGGCCGCGUCUGCUCCUAGUGGGAGGCGCAAGGGCGGCAGGGGCAAGGGGGGCAGGGGUGGUGGAGGUGGAGGCGGGGGCGGCGGCGGUGGAGGGGGUGGGGGGGGCGGGGGUGGUGGCGGAAGUGGGAGUGGCGCGGGUGGUGGGGGGGUCAGUGGCGGCUCAGGGGGUGGUGGCGGCGGCGGCGGUGGUGGGGGUGGUGGGGGCGGUGGUGGCAGUGGUGGCGGCGGUGGAGCGGGUGGCGGGCGCGAUGGAGCGGUGCAGCGUGGGGGGUUCGGCGGUGGCCAGAGGCAGCAGCAGCAGCGUCCCGGCGAGACUCCCUCGCCCCAGCAGCUCCGUGAGUGGUACUCUCAGCGUGGGGGGUCUGGGGGUGGAGGUACCUGCCCGUACGUCAUCCGCACAGGUGACCGCACUGGCCAGACUUGUGGGAAGUUUCACACGGCGCAGCGCUGUUUCUUUCGCCUCGACGACGCCUGGCGCGAGCAGUUCCCUGACGCCUCUGAGCUGCCCCGCUGGGCUGAUCUACUUAGGAAGGGGAUUGAUAUCUUUGCUCUUGAUUAUGAUGCUAUCCUUGCUGCUAUGUAUGCAUUGACUAUUAGUGCUGAGGGUGACUGUUACCUGAGUGUACCGCCCGACCCGGGUAUUGGGACCAGUGAGGCUGCAGCUCUAGGUGCUAGCGCGUCUGCUGCUCUAGGUCCUGGUGAGGCUGCUGCCCUAGGUGCUAGUGCGUCUACGUCUGCUGGUACCGCACCUACUGAGGCACUGCACACCUUCACACUGGACUCAGGUGCUUCCCGCUGUUUCUUCCGCGACCGCACUGCCCUGGAGCAGCUCCCUAGACCGGUUGCUGUCUCCCUGGCCGACCCCUCAGGGGGUCCGGUCCUUGCGACCUCCACCACUGCCCUCCCUUGUCCUGCUGUCCCGUCUGGCACGCUGUCGGGCCUCUACCUCCCCUCGUUCUCUACGAACUUGGUGGCGGGUUCCGCGCUCCAGGACGCGGGUGUUCACCAGUUCACCCCGGCCUACGAGCGUGUGACGCACUGCACGUGCGCCCGGACGGGUCGUCACCUGGCUACCUUCACUCGGCAGCCGGGGUCGGACUUGUACACACUGACCACUGAGUCCCCUCAGGUAGCUGCGUCUGCGUCUGCGUCAGGUCAGCUGUCGGCCCCCUGCUCGUGUCGCUCCCUGUCACACAGGACUGUCCUCUGGCACCACCGCCUUGGUCACCCGUCAGUGCAGCGCCUUCGCGGCAUGCACUCCAGGUACCUUGUCUCUGGUCUCGCCAGGGUUCUCCCUCCCCUGCCACCCUCGCCUGCUCCUCCCUGUCUUCCCUGUGUCGAGAGGCGGCAGCGCGCCGCUCCUCACUCUUCCUCGUUCCCUCCCACAGAGGCUCCCCUGCAGACUCUCUACCUGGACGUGUGGGGCCCCGCCCGCGUCCGGGGACAGGGCCACGAGCGGUACUUUCUGCUGGUCGUCGACGACUACACGCGCUACACCACGGUCUUCCCCUUGCGUACCAAGGGUGAGGUCCCUGAUGUCUUGAUCCCCUGGAUCCGCGCUGCUCGUCUCCAGCUCCGCGAGCGGUUCCAGUCGGACUUUCCUGUCCUACGUCUGCACUCUGACAGAGGUGGCGAGUUUUCCUCUGACCUCUUGGCAGCCUACUUUGCGGAGCACGGCAUCCGCCAGACGUUCACUCUCCCGGCCUCUCCGCAGCAGAAUGGGGUUACUGAGCGCCGCAUUGGUCUUGUCAUGGAGGUCGCUCGUACCUCCAUGAUCCAUGCGGCUGCCCCCCAUUUCCUGUGGCCGUUUGCAGUGCGGUACGCCGCGCAUCAGCUCAACCUCUGGCCCCGUGUCUCUGUUCCGGAGACCUCGCCUACCCUGCGUUGGACGGGGGAGGUUGGCGAUGCGUCGGUGUUCCGAGUCUGGGGAUGUCGAGCCUUUGUCCGCGAUACGUCCGCGGACAAGCUCUCCUCCCGUGCCGUUCCCUGUGUCUUCCUUGGCUUUGUCCCUGACGCGCCUGGCUGGCAGUUUUACCACCCCACCUCGCGCCGUGUCUUUGCCUCUCAGGACGUCACCUUUGACGAGUCGGUACCCUUUUACGGUCUCUUCCCCUACCGCACUGCCCCGCUCCCCCCCCCGCCGCUCUUCCUCACCCCAGGUGUCCCGUCCGUAGACUCCCUCCCUCCCCAGGGUGCUGCUCCCUCAGGUGUUUCCCAGGUAGACCCGGUCGAGCCUGUCGAGGUAGCUGUUGACUCUGGUCCUGCGCGAGGUGCUGAGCGUGCUGAGCCUGGUGGUGCUGGGUCUGGGGGCACUGAGACUGGGGGUGCUGAGCCUGGGGGUGCGGAGACUGGGGGUGCUGAGUCUGGAGGUUCUGGAGCUGCUGGUGGUGCUGCUGGUGCUGGUGCUGCUGGAGGUGCUGCUGGUGCUGCUGGAGGUACUGGAGCUGCUGGAGGUCCUGGAGCUGCUGGAGGUGCUGUUGGUGCUGCUGGAGGUUCUGGAGCUGCUGGAGGUGCUGCUGGAGCUGCUGGAGGUUCUGGUGCUUGUUAG